AUGGUGGCCACAAAGAAGACAAAAAUGUCUCUAGAGCCGAUCAAUUCUGGACUCCAACUUGUUAUGAAAAAUGGGAAGUAUGUGCUGGGAUACAAACAGACUUAGAAGAUGAUCAGGUAAGGCAAAGCAAAAUUGGUUAUCAUCACCAACAACUGCCCAGCUUUGAGGAAAUCUGAAAUAGAAGUCUAUGCCAUGUUGGCUAAAACUGGUGUCCAUCACUACAGUGGCAAUAAUAAUGAAUUGGGCACAUUGUGUGGAAAAUACUACAGAGUAUGCACACUGGCUAUCAUUGACCCAGAUGAUUCUGAUGUUAUUAGGAGCAUGCCAGAAGAGACUGGUGAAAAGUAA